UGUUUUCUCUACUUCCUGUUGGCCUUCUGUAGCUAAUCAUAGCUCCAUGUAGCUGUUUUUAUUUUAUAUUUUUUCUCUAUAAUCUUUCUUACUAUCACUGUCUGUUUGUUUGUUUUUUUAAUUGUAAAAUAUAACUUAAUUCACACCAUAUUUCUGAUACUACCGAUCAAUCUUAUCAGAUUAACUUUGAUCGUUCACUCUUCCGUGACUGCAGCACACCUGCAAAGCGUUAGCACUCGUUAGCUUGUCAUUAGCGUUUUCUUUUCUCCUCUCCUCUCCUCUCUCACGCUGCAGUUUUCCACAAGUUCAUCAAACAACCGCAGUAAGAAUAUUUCAUCAAGCACGGUGAGUAAUGGCUUCUCCUACAAUUGUUAUUUGCACCUCUUGCCACAUGUACAGUUUAUCUAUCUCUGUCGCUGAUGAGGGAUUCACAUGUGAUAAAUGCAGGGAAACAGUUAGGCUGACAGAGAAGAUUUCAGAAUUAGAGACACGCAUCCAAACUUUAAUUGAGGACAGUAAGAAUGUUAGGGCUCUAGAUAUGGCUUUGGAUGCGUCUAGCUCAGGGAUUCCUGUACAUUGUCCGGUUCCAGCAGAGCCCCUGCAGCAGGGCAACUGGGUGACGGUGAGGCAGCGUAGUCGUGGGUCAAAACACCGCUCUUCUGUUCCGAUCAAAACAUUAAACAGGUUCUCCCCACUCAGUGAUGCACCCACUGAGAAACCUGAUGAAAGUGCUCUAGUUAUUGGCGAUUCUAUUGUACGGAACGUGAAUAUAGAGACACCAGCCACCAUAGUCAAAUGUUCACCGGGAGCCAGAGCGCCUGACAUCUUGGCAAAUUUAAAAGUGCUGGCUAAUGCUAAACGUAAAUACAGUAAGAUUGUUAUUCAUGCCGGCGCUAAUGAUGUUCGACUUCGCCAGUCGGAGAUCACUAAAAAUAACUUUAAAGAGGUGUGUGAACUUGCAAGCACGAUGUCAGACACUGUAAUAUGCUCUGGUCCCCUCCCUGCUUACCGUGGUGAUGAGAUGCAUAGCAGAUUGUCAUCACUCAAUGGCUGGAUGUCUAAGUGGUGCCCACAGAAUAACAUAGGUUUCAUAGACAAUUGGACGAGCUUUUGGGGCAGACCUGACCUGUUUAAAAGAGAUGGUCUUCAUCCCUCCCGGGGUGGAGCUGCUCUUCUCUCUAGAAAUAUGGCAAAUAGUCUUAGUGUUUAUACUUGACUAACUGGGGCCCAGGUCAGGAAGCAGACAGACUGGCUAAACCGACCGUCUGCUAGCUGCCUCCCGUCACAGAGGUCAGUUAAUUCUCAGCACAUAGAGACUCUUUCACCUAGAUAUCACACUAUAGAGACUGUGUCUGUUCCACGAACUAGAAAAUACAAAAAACGUCCAAACCAAGUUAAGGUUAACAAUUUAAUUGAGGUUCAACAAAUAAAAAACAAAUGCAAUAUGGAUAAACAAAUGAUAAAGAUUGGCUUAUUGAAUAUCAGAUCCAUUUCUACGAAAACACUUUUUGUAAAUAAUAUGAUAACUGAUCAUAAUAUAGAUGUGCUCUGCUUGACAGAAACCUGGCUAAAACCUGAUGAUUACAUUAUUUUAAAUGAGUCCACCCCCCAAGAUUAUUGUUAUAAACACGAGCCGCGUCUAAAAGGCAAAGGGGGAGGUGUUGCUUCAAUUUAUAAUAACGUUUUCAGGAUUUCUCAGAGGGCAGGCUUCAAGUAUAACUCGUUUGAAGUAAUGGUGCUUCAUAUAACAUUAUCCAGAGAAACCAAUGUUAAUGAUAAAUCCCCUGUUAUGUUUGUACUGGCUACUGUAUACAGGCCACCAGGGCACCAUACAGACUUUAUUAAAGAGUUUGGUGAUUUUACAUCCGAGUUAGUUCUGGCUGCAGAUAAAGUCUUAAUAGUUGGUGAUUUUAAUAUCCAUGUCGAUAAUGAAAAAGAUGUAUUGGGAUCAGCAUUUAUAGACAUUCUGAACUCUAUUGGUGUUAGACAACACGUUUCAGGACCUACUCAUUGUCGAAAUCAUACUCUAGAUUUAAUACUGUCACAUGGAAUUGAUGUUGAUAGUGUUGAAAUUAUUCAGCCAAGUGAUGAUAUCUCAGAUCAUUAUUUAGUUCUGUGUAAACUUCAUAUAGCCAAAAUUGUAAAUUCUACUUCUUGUUACAAGUAUCGAAGAACCAUCACUUCUACCACAAAAGACUGCUUUUUAAGUUAUCUUCCUGAUGUAUCCGAAUUCCUUAGCAUAUCCAAAACCUCAGAACAACUUGAUGAUGUAACAGAAACUAUGGACUCUCUCUUUUCUAGCACUUUAAAUACAGUUGCUCCUUUACGCUUAAGAAAGGUUAAGGAAAACAGUUUGACACCAUGGUAUAAUGAGCAUACUCGCACCCUAAAGAGAGCAGCCCGAAAAAUGGAGCGCAGCUGGAGGAAAACAAAACUAGAGGUAUUUCGUAUUGCUUGGCGGGAAAGUAGCAUAUCCUACCGAAAAGCAUUAAAAACUGUUAGAUCUGAUUACUUUUCUUCUCUUUUAGAAGAAAACAAACAUAACCCCAGGUAUUUAUUCAAUACAGUGGCUAAAUUAACGAAAAAUAAAGCCUCAACAAGUGUUGACAUUUCCCAACACCACAGCAGUAAUGACUUUAUGAACUACUUUACUUCUAAAAUCGAUACUAUUAGAGAUAAAAUUGCAACCAUUCAGCCGUCAGCUACAGUUUCGCAUCAGACAGUGCACUAUAGACCCCCUGAGGAACAGUUCCACUCAUUCUCUACUAUAGGAGAGGAAGAAUUGUAUAAACUUGUUAAAUCAUCUAAACUUACAACAUGUAUGUUAGACCCUAUACCAUCUACACUCUAAAAACGGCUGGGUUAUUUUUUAACCCAAAAUGCUGGGUUGAGUCUGUUGGGUCAUUUUGUUGGGUUAUUUAAUUUCUUUUUAAACACUUUUGGGUAGUUUCAAUUUACCAGGUGUUGGGUUAAACCUGCUGGGUUGCGUCGCUGGGUUGUUUCAGGCCAGCGCUGGGUUAUUUAACGCGCCUUGAAGAUGUUUAAAUCGCUCCCCAACUGUCACUUUGGAAGAACAACGGGGCAAAGCCACGGCUUUCAACUGUUUUAAGAAAAGCGCAUGGAUACAUUUGUGAGAGAAAAACUGGUCGAGUGCAGUCUUAUUGAGGCGUCUAACGGUUGGAACAAACAUGAAAUUCCUUAACUGAGCAGAGUCCACAAAACCCCAUCCAGUUGUCGUGGCGAUUUAAAAAUGCCAGCAGAUCUCUCAGGCAUUGAUCAUAAUCAAUGGACAGGUCACCGUAGCCACCCGUAUCCAGUACGUAUCCAGACCAGAUGGAGAUCAUCAUCUAGAAAGGACCUCUACAUCCCUGAAAGACAGCGGAGACCAGGACAACUAGAGCCCAGAUACAGAUCCCCUGUAAAGACCUUGUCUCAGAGGAGCACCAGGACAAGACCACAGGAAACAGAUGAUUCUUCUGCACAAUCUGACUUUGCUGCAGCCUGGAAUUGAACUACUGGUUUCGUCUGGUCAGAGGAGAACUGAACCCCAACUGAGCCUGGUUUCUCCCAAGGUUUUUUUCUCCAUUCUGUCAACGAUGGAGUUUUUGUUCCUUGUUUUUCUUUAGUUGGGGACAAUUAAUAUCAAGCGAUAUCAUCCACUUGAUUGCACAGAGGGACGAUACAUCACUGAAUCAAUGACGAAUUGACUUUAACUGAAAACUGAGUGUUUACUUUUGUCCCUUUGCAUUAUUACACACUAUUUUCCUAUUCAAUACUGUAAAGCUGCUAUGAUGCAGUAUUUGAUCGAUAUGACAGGCUUAUUACUCAUAAUACAUGGAAAAUACAGCUACAAACUGACUUUGUUUUUCCAUUUGAAAUUUGGCAGUCACUAAACUGAAACCGUAAUUUUUGUUCAGUGUUUUUGAAACAGUGUUUUUGUUCAAGAUUUGCAAUUGUGUUUGGAUUGUCACAAUUUGUCACAAUCCAAAUGUGGAAAACGCAAUUGAAAAUAUAAUUAGCAAUUCCUUUUGAAAAUUGUCCUUCCAUAGACAGGCUCUAUAAUGGAGUACACUGCUCUGAGGUGUAGAUCUUUGCUUCAGAGCUUAAGUGUUUGACAAUAGUUCACCCAAAAAUGAAAAUUGUCACUAAUUAUUCACCCUGGUCUGAAAGCUCUCGAAUAUCAACGAAAAUAUCUUAACUUGUGUUCUGAAGAUGAACGAAGGGCUUACGGGUUUGUAACGACAUGAAGUUGAGUAAUAAAUGACAGAAUUUUCAUUUUUGGGUGAACUAUAUGUUGAACUACCCUAAGCAGUGCACAUCUACCUACGUAGGAGUCUUUAUAUACUUGAUAUAAAUUUAAGGACAUCUUUAAAUGAUUUUACAUUUAAAUUUAAAAAUGUUAAUUGUCAAUGUCAUUUCACUGUGUAUUUAAAUAGCUAAAAAUCUCAAAAUGUAAUAGUUAAACAGCUAGACACAGGUCAUUCAGAAAUAAUUUUCUUAUUUAUUGCAACUGUAUUUCUGUGAUUUUUAUUUAUUUAUUUUGCAUUUGCUGGAAACAAAAAAAGGGAAAAUUCCAUGUUGUUUGUCAUUGGUAAAAAAAUUUUGAAUGUCAGAUGGCAUUAAAAAUAUUUUUUAACAGUCUAAAUAA